AUGGAAAGCCUAGAACUCUUUGAAUUGAUUCAGAACGAAGAAGAUAAUAGUAAGAUACUAGAAGAACUCAGACAGCAUAUCAAAAACGGAAAGGAACUGCCAUGGUUUCAGGACAUAAUUCCAGGACUGAUCCCGGGCAUCGAAGAUGGAAAAACAUGGCUAAACCACGCACGAAAGUUACUGUGGUCAUCAGCCGAAUACAGUGAACACAAGGUGAAACUCAUUCGCAUGCAGAAGCUGCUGCAACCAAGUCCCAUACCACUCUCCCCAGAUCGAUAUCGUCUUCAACAACAUUGGCCAAUAUAUAUCGAGGCCUUGCGGCCAAUGUCGGAUAGAAUGUUUGCAGCGGCGAACAAAGUCUACGAGGUGGUAGCUAAGCAAGAUUGCUUGACUAAAGAUCGAAAUAUAGCAACAACCACAUCCGAAAUCGAUGAUAGGCACUACGCUUUCGUGACCGUUGCAGUAGCAUUGCAGGAUAAGAUUCUAAGCCCUAUCAUCAGCGACAUCAAGCGGCGACAGAGAAGCCUCGACGAAGAAAUACAGCACGCGGAAGACCAAAAACGUGAUCAACUUGAGCGAGACGAACAUACCGAGACUGGGGACGAUGGACAAGCUCCUGUUGAAGCAGGUGGACAAGCUGUGCAACAACGACUAGACUUUCUCGCCGAAGAGAAACAUGGAAACCAAGAACUGCUGAAGGCGCUUGAAAGGUUUCGCGAUGUACCUACUGCAGAUACACUUGUUGACGAAAAGGAUACAAAGGACCAGCGCAAGGAUUUGAAGAGGAGUUCAGUUGUUGAGUAUUCAGAUUCAGAUGAAGUUAUGUCAAGGAAGAGCGCAAAACGUAGAUUACCGUUACGAUAG